AUGGCCGACAACAGCUCUAAUUUCCCCCUGUUUGUGGCGCAGGAAACCCUCUGCACGUACCCCAUCAGCACCAUCUACAACAGCUGCCCUCGAUACCUGUACUAUGUGCUGCUCUUCGUCAGCUGCGCAACGCGAUGGCGAGGCUGGCUGGCCGAUGUCUUCCUCGGGACUGCCGCAACAUACGCCGGAACAUCCGCCAUUCAGGCCUUCAUCCUCGUCGCUAGCCGUCGCCGGAACCCCAGCCCGGCGUUCGUCGACAUCCCAUCCGUACCGAGUAACACCAGCUUAGUCCAGUACUUCCCAUCCAUUGUGACUGGACAGGCACAGGUGUCCCUCCGUCCGGCAGCCCAGGACCUCGACGCCGACGCGGUCCUGGCCAUCGUGGUGACGGGCUAUUUGGUGUUCCUCCCCCUGCAGUGCUGGUCGCGCAGCCUGCAAUACAAACGCUCCAAGUACGCAGUCUUGUUUCUUUGGAACCUGCUCAUGCUGGCGGGGUCGAUCUGUGCGCUGGUAUACUGGCCGGCAUUGGAGAAAACGCCUCCGCAAUACAUGUUCUGCAACCCGUCGUUUCCGCCGUUUAACAAGACUACCAGUGAUGGAUGGCAGUCGAAUUUCUGGGUGUCGAGCUGGAAUGAUACGGUAUGGAGCAUUUUCAGCAACGCGACCCGUUUUCAGGAACUCGAAAGUCUCUGCUUUUAUCCCUGCUUCAACACCAGUCAGGUUCUGCGGCAGACCACCUCGCUGCAAGGCAGCGUGGCCGUGGAUGAGCUGAGCGAGGCAUCCCAGCGCGGUCUCUGGAAUAAGGUCUCCAUUUCGAGAGGUUACAUAUACGCCCUACUCUCCGUCUCCGUCGGUCUCAACUUCCUGCUGAUGAGCUUCCAAUUUAUCGCUUACCCUUCGCACAUCCCAUCGCUUCAUGCGUCGGUGAUCUGGACAAAUCGCAAAUCCAUCUACUCGGGUCUGAAGAGCGACCUUCGACAGUCGGUCGCUGAGUCGAAGGAGUUUCUACACUCCUGGUCUGGACCUUUUCUGAACCGGGUGCGACACAUGCGCAAACUCUUCAGUGCGGAGCAUAACCGGCUUUGGAUAUGCCCAUUUAUCGACAUCAUAUAUCUGGCCGCUUUCAUGCUCAGCGUCGUGGUGAGUCCCUUCACCAUAAUCGCCUUUGUAGUGUGGAUUGAAUGGUACAUCCACAACGACGGACCACCGCAGGAGAAUAUCCAGCAGGUCGGUCAGUGGUCUCCCCUGGUGGCUCUAGCGUUGGUGAUGAUCUCGGGCGGAAUUCUACGGCUGCGGUAUCGUCUGGCCUCAGCGGAUGAGUUGGAUCAUGAAAUCGAAAAGACAAGAUCACAACUGGAAAAAUUAGAGCAGUUAAAACGGACGGAGUCAGCCAAAAUACCGCACAACGUUGCCGUUUCACUGGAGUAG